UUUUUUUUUUUUUUCCCUUAAAUUUAACUUUCAUGCUUGGGCAUGGAGGAAGAUGUAAUGUUACAAGGCAGCAGUGUUGAUCCUGACCCUGCCCCAAAAAUAGACCACAAGAUCUCUCUUAAUGAGUUCUCUUGUCACUGCUGCUAUGAUAUCUUGGUAAACCCCACCACUCUGAACUGUGGCCAUAGUUUCUGCAGGCACUGCCUUGCGCUCUGGUGGUCAUCUUCAAAGAAAACUGAGUGUCCUGAAUGCAGAGAGAAGUGGGAAGGAUUCCCUAAAGUAAACAUACUACUUAGGGAUGUCAUAGAAAAACUGUUUCCUGAUCAAAUACAACAGAAGUAUCAGGAUAUUGAGCAAAACCAUGAACUUAAAAAGAUCCUUCAAGAGUUUAGUAAAUUUGGCAGUGACCAGAACAAAACCUCAUCUUCUGGAGAUGUUCGUCAGAACCCCCAAAGAGGAGGGGGUUUCUUCUCUGGUGUUCUGACUGCGUUAACUGCAGUGGCGGUUGUUCUGCUUGUGUAUCACUGGAGCAGUAGAGAGUCUGAACAUGACCUUUUGGUUCAUAAACCAGUUACUAAAUGGACUCCUGAAGAGGUUGUCCUUUGGCUAGAGCAAUUGGGUCCAUGGGCUUCCCAUUACAAAGAACGAUUUUUAUCGGAGGCAGUUAAUGGAAGACUCCUUUUGACGUUGGCUGAGGAAGAAUUCUCCAAAGAACCUUUUAGUAUAGAAAAUAGCAGCCACAGAAGAGCCAUUUUACUGGAGUUGGACAGAGUGAAAACGCUUGGUGUCAAGCCUCCUCAAAAUAUAUGGGAAUAUAAGGCAGUGAACUCUGGAAAGUCAUUAUUUCUGUUAUAUGCUUUGAAGAGUUCUCCACGGCUCAGCAUGUUGUACAUGUACGUCUUUGACUACACAGAAACAUUUUUACCUUUCAUCCACACAACGUGUCCUUUAGAAGAAGAUCAACAGGAAGAUAUAAUCUCCACAUUCAUUGAUCUGCAUGAACCAACAUGGAAGCAAUGGAGAGAGUUUAUUGUGAAGUAUUUGUUUCUUCCAUAUCAACUUAUUGCUGAGUUUGCUUGGGACUGGUUAGAAGUUCAUUAUUGGACAUCACGGUUUAUUAUUGUUAAUGCAAUGUUGCUCUCCGUCCAGGAAUUAUUCUCAUUCUGGAGAUUGUGGUCAAGGAGAGAACUAAAAUCUCUUCCACGUCUAAUGUGGGGACAUUUUUGGAAAAUGUCAACCCAGGGACUCUUUGUCGCCAUUUUCUGGCCUGUAAUUCCUCAGUUUAUCUGCAACUGCUUGUUUUACUGGGCUUUGUAUUUUAACCCAAUAAUAAACAUUGAUCUGGUUGUCAAAGAAAUUAGAAGACUGGAAACACAAGCGAUGUGAAUUUCAGAAAUGCACACCAGAGACUGAAUGAAUAGGGCAUGUCAGAAGUCUGCACUUCUUAACAGAAGGUCAAGAUGGUUUUUAUACCUCUCUUGCAACACGUUUUCUUUAAUUGCGGUGAUCAAUAUUAUUAUUAUUUUUUUUUCUUUUUCCUCUCCAAGGAAGCAGAUAAUUAAUGUAUUGGGAGCAAAUGUGUCUAGUUUAUUUUAUAAUGUGAUUGGGAUAGUCACGGGUUUCUGAUAAAUAAACUUUUUAGUCCGUUCAAAAAGAAAUUGGUUUUUAAUCGAACACCAACAGCUAGAUGUUUUGUUCACAUGGGACCUGUCUUGGCAUGGUCAUGAGAAAUAGCAUGAUUUUGUAAAAUCUAUAGGAGACCUAUGCCAAACCCAUUACAAUUUCUGGAUGUUGAUGGUGGAUUAGGUCACUGUUCAUUUCACUAUAUGAAAGCAUGUCAAUUUGUGUUUGAUAUUGGUUCCUCUAAUUUCACUGUGGUAAAAGUAUUUAAAAUAUUAUCUUUCACAGAUAUUCCGUGGCUCGUGCCAUCUGUUUUUAAAUCUACAUAAAUAAUGAAGAAAAGAACGAACACACUAAAAUUAGAAAAAUAACUGGAAUAUUGCCAAAAUCAGUUUGCUUGAUUUCAAAGUAUGAUUUUUAAGCAAUCCUAAAAUUUCAACAUGUAAAAUUGUAGGAUAGCGGGAAUGCAUUGAGACAUUAAAUUAGCAGAAAGCAACCUAGAUUAUGUUCUAUGAUUUUACAGGUUGUUUGUGAUUAAAAAAACAAAAAAAAAGCUACUGUGUCAAACGUUCUGAAGUUAUAUUCUCCUCUGAGGAAAUGUACAUAAUUUUUAUUACCGCUUUUAACAUCUAUUUUUUUUUUUUUUCUUCUUUCCAGAUUAGAUUAUACUCUUAAUUUUAAACUUGUCAGAUAACUGAAAUGCUUGGGUAACAGGCUUGUAUAGUGGUAAAUGGCAUUUUAUUUGACCAAAAGAGGGGGGGGAAAAAAAGCUCAAGUUUAAUUAGCAAAAUGUUGUAAUGUUUGUUUUUACAGCUGUAUACAUAUGUGGUAUAAAACAAUUGAUUGGCAGGCUUUAUAUUUUUAAAAUGUGCUCAAAAAGCUAAACCUGUGUGCUUUUAAAGGAAUGCUCCAAUUAAUCAAUUUUGAAUUUGGUCAUAGUUAUUUCUGGAAUAAACAUUUAUUGGUAUCCUAGUUGAAAA